GAGAAGAGAAAGAAGUGAUUGGAUUGAAUCAACUGUACUUAUUGUAAAGGCAUUGUAACAAAACAACCAAACCAAACCAAACCAUACCAACGAAAUUUCCUUGGUCAGUCUUUGUCUGCAGCCAACCACCAAACACCGCAAUCCAAGGGAAGCAACUCCAAAACACAAGGAAGGGAACAGCCGCAGCAGCAGCAGCAAAGAAGCAACAAAAAAAAAAAAAAAGUGGAAGGAAGAAUGAGUUUCCAAGAUCUUGAGGCUGGUUCUUCUCCCCAACAGCAACAGCAGCAACAACGACGACCUUUCGUUUACUCGAAUGCAAUUCAGAACCAGCAGCAGCAGCAAAAUCGAAAUCAAUAUCUUUACGAGCCGUCUCAGGCCCUGUCUGCCGGGAUUUUCCAGAUCAACACCGCCGUAUCCACUUAUUACCGCCUCGUCAAUUCCCUCGGCACCCCCAAAGACACCCUUCAACUCCGCGACAAGCUGCGUAAGACAAGGGCGCAUAUUGGGCAGUUGGUGAAAGAUACUUCAGACAAACUCAAGCAAGCUAGUGAAACUGAUCACCAUGCCCAAGUUACUGUUGUCAAGAAGAUUACGGAUGCUAAGCUUGCAAAGGAUUUCCAGGCGGUUCUCAAAGAAUUUCAGAAGGCUCAGAGGCUUGCAGCUGAAAGGGAAACAACAUAUGCUCCCUUUGUUCCCAAAGACGUUCUUCCAUCCAGUCAUCCUGCCCAUGAGCAGGAGAUGAGUUCAUCUAGGAGUUCCAAACAGCAAACUCUUCUUCUAGAAUCAAAAAGACAAGAGGUUGUACUUGCGGACAAUGAGAUUGCAUUCAAUGAAGCCAUUAUUGAAGAAAGGGAGCAAGGGAUCCAAGAAAUUCAACAACAGAUCAGUGAGGUUAAUGAGAUUUUCAAAGAUCUAGCUGUACUGGUCCAUGAUCAAGGAGCUAUAAUCGAUGAUAUUGGUUCUAACAUUGAGAACUCCCACGCUGCAACUGUGCAAGCUACCUCCCACCUUGUGAAAGCAUCCAAGACCCAAAGAUCUAAUUCAUCUCUGACUUGUUUGCUGUUGGUGAUAUUUGGAGUCAUCCUCAUCAUUGUGAUUAUAGUUGUGGUGGCUUGAGCAGUGAUCAAAAGGAAUGAUAUAAAGUAUUGGAAGUGGUUGGUGGUGGUGUUUCCUUGCAAGAAGAGCUCCUCUCCGUGUCUCCUCUCCUCUCCUCUCCUUCAACUUUGAACUGGGUCUGAUGCUAAUGCCAAACGACUCAGAUUCACCUCUUGGUGUUGGAGUGGUUGGCAUCCUGAACAGUUACUACGUAUACGUGGGGUAUAGAACCUGAACCCCAUCCAAGAUUAGAAGCAUUAAGCAUAGAACAAGCAAACAUAUGUAUUUAUCAUUUUUUCAGUAAACUAAUGAUAUAUUUUCUAUUUUUUUCUUUUUUAAGUUUCAAACGGUAGGGAUUUUUACA